AUGGAUAGUCCAUGUGACACUGUGAUCGGAGACAGAGAUCUCUUAACAGAGAUCCUUCUUCGAUUGCCAGUGAAGCAAGUGAUUCAAUGCAAAUGCGUGUGUAAGAAAUGGUUGUCACUCAUCUGCAACACCAAAUUUCGUUAUUCACAUACUUGUCGUUUAUACCACAAGUACAAUAACAACCCUCCACCCACUGCUCUUUUAGUUCAAAAUUUCGCAGACACCAAGGCCCAAAGAGCUUCUAUAGUUCCUUUACACGCCAAUAACAACAACGGCAACAAAAUCUUCUUCCACCUUGAUCUUGAUGGAUGCAACUACAGGUCUUCUAUUAUGCACUCUUGCAAUGGUCUAUUAUUAUGGAAUGUUAUACCGACACCCCAACCUGGUCCAACAAGUGAAGACUCACGAGCACGCCACUUUCGCAUACAGAACCCAGCGAUGAGCGAUGACCACUGCGUUUAUCUAGAUUAUCCGGUUGGCGAUGUAGAUUCCCCAGACGGUGAUGAUAUAUUUGAACCUUUUGAAUUGAAGGCUUAUCUUGUUUUCGAACCUCUGAAACAACCUCUUUCCUACAAAGUUAUUUUAUUCGGCCAAAUGGAUCCAUCGGUUAGAUAUCAUGGUCGUAGGGUCGAAUUUAAGGUUCUCAAUCCCAGAAUUGAGAUUCGCUUGUAUUCAUCGGAGACGUGUGGUUGGAGUGAAGUUAUUUGCAACCUACCUGAUGGCUUACGUGUCACAGAGGGAGUUUAUUGCAACGGUGUUAUUCAUUGGUUUCGUUUAGAUGAUGACAAUUCCGUUUAUUUUGAUACCAACCGGCUUUGCUUUGAUAAAUUGCCAGCAGUGCCAUCUGUUGAUGACUCAUGUGUUAAGUAUUUUGGAGAAUGUAGAGGGAGGUUGCACUUGAUUCUAUCUGAUACUUUGGAGUUUGAUAUUUGGGAGUUGGAGGAAGAUUACUCUUCAUGGGUUGCCAGAUAUCGUGUCAAUCUUAAUCGCAUGCAUGAUGGGGAAUCGGCCUUGUGGUGGAAUGUUUCAAGUAAUCCAUUUUCUGUGUUAAGUUUUGUUCAUCGCCAAGAAGAAGAGGAGGAGAACUCCAUGCUUGUAUUGUUCAAAGAUGGUAAAAUAAUGUCUUAUAGCCUGGAAGAUUAUGGUUUGAGGGUUCUCUGUAAAAUUUACAGAGAUGAAGUGUCUAGAUCUAUUCAUCAAUACUUUGAGACAAUGUUAUGUGUUGGAAAUUCAUAG